ACAGCAGCGGUCCUGCUACUGCAAAGUAGGCUCAGGUCAACCGGCAGGAAACGACUCAACGCGCAGCCGCCGCGGCCUCCAACCACCGGUGGGCAGAGGGGCGCUAGGCAGUCCUCGAUCCGCUCGCCGCGAUCCGGCGGAGGAGGAGGAGCAGAGGGAGGCGAGCCGCAGCGCCGCGGCGAGGAGCCCAGGGAGAGAAAGAUGCUGGUUUCGAGUUUUGGAGAUCCUUGUUUUUUAUGGAACACAGUUCUGUAAAAUUUUCAUAAGAUUCCUUGGCAAUAACAUACGCUUGUGAUGGACCCUAGAAAUACUGCUAUGUUAGGAUUGGGUUCUGAUUCCGAAGGUUUUUCAAGAAAGAGUCCUUCUGCCAUCAGUACUGGCACAGUGGUCAGUAAGAGAGAAGUAGAGCUAGAAAAAAACACAAAGGAGGAAGAGGACCUUCGCAAACGGAAUCGAGAAAGAAACAUCGAAGCUGGGAAAGAUGAUGGUUUGACUGAUGCACAGCAACAGUUUUCAGUGAAAGAAACAAACUUUUCAGAGGGAAAUUUAAAAUUGAAAAUUGGCCUCCAGGCUAAGAGAACUAAAAAACCUCCAAAGAACUUGGAGAACUAUGUAUGUCGACCUGCCAUAAAAACAACUAUUAAGCACCCAAGGAAAGCACUUAAAAGUGGAAAGAUGACGGAUGAAAAGAAUGAACACUGUCCUUCAAAACGAGACCCUUCAAAGUUGUACAAGAAAGCAGAUGAUGUUGCAGCCAUUGAAUGCCAGUCUGAAGAAGUCAUCCAUCUUCAUUCACAGGGAGAAAACAAUCCUUUGUCUAAGAAGCUGUCUCCAGUACACUCAGAAAUGGCAGAUUAUAUUAAUGCAACACCAUCUACUCUUCUUGGUAGCCGGGAUCCUGAUUUAAAGGACAGAGCAUUACUUAAUGGAGGAACUAGUGUAACAGAAAAGUUGGCACAGCUGAUUGCUACCUGUCCUCCUUCCAAGUCUUCCAAGACAAAACCGAAGAAGUUAGGAACUGGCACUACGGCAGGAUUGGUUAGCAAGGAUUUGAUCAGGAAAGCAGGUGUUGGCUCUGUAGCUGGAAUAAUACAUAAGGACUUAAUAAAAAAGCCAACCAUCAGCACAGCAGUUGGAUUGGUAACUAAAGAUCCUGGGAAAAAGCCAGUGUUUAAUGCAGCAGUAGGAUUGGUCAAUAAGGACUCUGUGAAAAAACUGGGAACUGGCACUACAGCGGUAUUCAUUAAUAAAAACUUAGGCAAAAAGCCAGGAACUAUCACUACAGUAGGACUGCUAAGCAAAGAUUCAGGAAAGAAGCUAGGAAUUGGUAUUGUUCCAGGUUUAGUGCAUAAAGAGUCUGGCAAGAAGUUAGGACUUGGCACUGUGGUUGGACUGGUUAAUAAAGAUUUGGGAAAGAAAUUGGGUUCUACUGUUGGCCUAGUGGCCAAGGACUGUGCAAAGAAGAUUGUAGCAAGUUCAGCAAUGGGAUUGGUUAAUAAGGACAUUGGAAAGAAACUAGUGAGUUGUCCUUUGGCAGGUCUGAUCAGUAAAGAUGCCAUAAACCUUAAAGCCGAAGCACUGCUCCCCACUCAGGAACCACUUAAGGCUUCUUGUAGUACAAACAUCAAUAAUCAGGAAAGUCAGGAACUUUCUGAAUCCCUGAAAGAUAGUGCCACCAGCAAAACUUUUGAAAAGAAUGUUGUACGGCAGAAUAAAGAAAGCAUAUUGGAAAAGUUCUCAGUACGAAAAGAAAUCAUUAAUUUGGAGAAAGAAAUGUUUAAUGAAGGAACAUGCAUUCAGCAAGACAGUUUCUCAUCCAGUGAAAAGGGAUCUUAUGAAACCUCAAAGCAUGAAAAGCAGCCUCCUGUAUAUUGCACUUCUCCGGACUUUAAAAUGGGAGGUGCUUCUGAUGUAUCUACGGCUAAAUCCCCAUUCAGUGCAGUAGGAGAAAGCAAUCUCCCUUCCCCAUCACCUACUGUAUCUGUUAAUCCUUUAACCAGAAGUCCCCCUGAAACUUCUUCACAGUUGGCUCCUAAUCCGUUACUUUUAAGUUCUACUACAGAACUAAUCGAAGAAAUUUCUGAAUCUGUUGGAAAGAACCAGUUUACUUCUGAAAGUACCCACUUGAACGUUGGUCAUAGGUCAGUGGGUCAUAGUAUAAGUAUUGAAUGUAAAGGGAUUGAUAAAGAGGUAAAUGAUUCAAAAACUACCCAUAUAGAUAUUCCAAGAAUAAGCUCUUCCCUUGGAAAAAAGCCAAGUUUGACUUCUGAAUCCAGCAUUCAUACUAUUACUCCUUCAGUUGUUAACUUCACUAGUUUAUUUAGUAAUAAGCCUUUUUUAAAACUGGGUGCAGUAUCUGCAUCAGACAAACACUGCCAAGUUGCUGAAAGCCUAAGUACUAGUUUGCAGUCCAAACCAUUAAAAAAAAGAAAAGGAAGAAAACCUCGGUGGACUAAAGUGGUGGCAAGAAGCACAUGCCGGUCUCCAAAAGGGCUAGAAUUAGAAAGAUCAGAGCUUUUUAAAAACGUUUCAUGUAGCUCACUAUCAAAUAGUAAUUCUGAGCCAGCCAAGUUUAUGAAAAACAUUGGACCCCCUUCAUUUGUAGAUCAUGACUUCCUUAAACGCCGAUUGCCAAAGUUGAGCAAAUCCACAGCUCCAUCUCUUGCUCUCUUAGCUGAUAGUGAAAAACCAUCUCAUAAGUCUUUUGCUACUCACAAACUAUCCUCCAGUAUGUGUGUCUCUAGUGACCUUUUGUCUGAUAUUUAUAAGCCCAAAAGAGGAAGGCCUAAAUCUAAGGAGAUGCCUCAACUGGAAGGGCCACCUAAAAGGACUUUAAAAAUCCCUGCUUCUAAAGUGUUUUCUUUACAGUCUAAGGAAGAACAAGAACCCCCAAUUUUACAGCCAGAAAUUGAAAUCCCUUCCUUCAAACAAGGUCUGUCUGUGUCUCCUUUUCCAAAAAAGAGAGGCAGGCCUAAGAGGCAAAUGAGGUCACCAGUCAAGAUGAAGCCACCUGUACUGUCAGUGGCUCCAUUUGUUGCCACUGAAAGUCCAAGCAAGCUAGAAUCUGAAAGUGACAACCAUAGAAGUAGCAGUGAUUUCUUUGAGAGCGAGGAUCAACUUCAGGAUCCAGAUGACCUAGAUGACAGUCAUAGGCCAAGUGUCUGUAGUAUGAGUGACCUUGAGAUGGAACCAGAUAAAAAAAUUACCAAGAGAAACAAUGGACAAUUAAUGAAAACAAUUAUCCGCAAAAUAAAUAAAAUGAAGACUUUAAAGAGAAAGAAACUGUUGAAUCAGAUUCUUUCAAGUUCUGUAGAAUCAAGUAAUAAAGGGAAAGUGCAAUCCAAACUCCAUAAUACGGUAUCAAGUCUUGCUGCCACAUUUGGCUCUAAAUUGGGCCAACAGAUAAAUGUCAGCAAGAAAGGAACCAUUUAUAUAGGAAAGAGAAGAGGUCGCAAACCAAAAACUGUCUUAAAUGGUAUUCUUUCUGGUAGUCCUACUAGCCUUGCUGUUCUUGAGCAAACAGCUCAACAGGCAGCUGGGUCAGCAUUAGGACAGAUUCUUCCCCCAUUACUGCCUUCAUCUGCUAGUAGUUCUGAGAUUCUUCCAUCACCUAUUUGCUCUCAGUCUUCUGGGACUAGUGGAGGUCAGAGCCCUGUAAGUAGUGAUGCAGGUUUUGUUGAACCCAGUUCAGUGCCAUAUUUGCAUUUACACUCCAGACAGGGCAGUAUGAUUCAGACUCUUGCAAUGAAGAAGGCCUCAAAGGGGAGGAGGCGGUUAUCUCCUCCUACUUUGUUGCCAAAUUCUCCUUCGCACUUGAGUGAACUCACAUCUCUAAAAGAAGCUACUCCUUCCCCAAUCAGUGAGUCUCAUAGUGAUGAGACCAUUCCCAGUGAUAGUGGAAUUGGAACAGAUAAUAACAGCACAUCAGACAGGGCAGAGAAAUUUUGUGGGCAAAAAAAGAGGAGGCAUUCUUUUGAGCAUGUUUCUCUGAUUCCCCCUGAAACCUCUACAGUGCUAAGCAGUCUUAAAGAAAAACAUAAACACAAAUGUAAGCGCAGGAAUCAUGAUUACCUCAGCUAUGACAAGAUGAAAAGGCAGAAACGAAAACGGAAAAAGAAAUAUCCCCAGCUUCGAAAUAGACAGGAUCCAGACUUUAUUGCAGAGCUGGAGGAACUAAUAAGUCGCCUAAGUGAAAUUCGGAUCACUCAUCGAAGUCAUCAUUUUAUCCCCCGAGAUCUUCUGCCAACUAUCUUUCGAAUCAACUUUAAUAGUUUCUAUACACAUCCUUCUUUCCCCUUAGACCCUUUGCACUACAUUCGAAAACCUGACUUAAAAAAGAAAAGAGGGAGACCCCCUAAGAUGAGGGAGGCAAUGGCUGAAAUGCCUUUUAUGCACAGCCUUAGUUUUCCUCUUUCUAGUACUGGAUUCUAUCCAUCUUAUGGUAUGCCUUACUCUCCUUCACCCCUUACAGCUGCUCCCAUAGGAUUAGGUUACUAUGGAAGGUAUCCUCCCACUCUUUAUCCACCUCCUCCAUCUCCUUCUUUCACCACGCCACUUCCACCUCCUUCCUAUAUGCAUGCUGGUCAUUUACUUCUCAAUCCUGCCAAAUACCAUAAGAAAAAGCAUAAGCUACUUCGACAGGAGGCCUUUCUUACAACCAGCAGGACUCCCCUCCUUUCCAUGAGUACCUACCCCAGUGUUCCUCCUGAGAUGGCCUAUGGUUGGAUGGUUGAGCACAAACACAGGCACCGUCACAAACACAGAGAACACCGUUCUUCUGAACAACCCCAGGUUUCUAUGGACACUGGCUCUUCCCGAUCUGUCCUGGAAUCUUUGAAGCGCUAUAGAUUUGGAAAGGAUGCUGUUGGAGAGCGAUAUAAGCAUAAGGAAAAGCACCGUUGUCACAUGUCCUGCCCUCAUCUCUCUCCUUCAAAAAGCUUAAUAAACAGAGAGGAACAGUGGGUCCACCGAGAGCCUUCAGAAUCUAGUCCAUUGGCCUUGGGAUUGCAGACACCUUUACAGAUUGACUGUUCAGAAAGUUCUCCAAGCUUAUCCCUUGGAGGAUUCACUCCCAACUCUGAGCCAGCCAGCAGUGAUGAACAUACAAACCUUUUCACAAGUGCAAUAGGCAGCUGCAGAGUUUCAAACCCUAACUCCAGUGGCCGGAAGAAAUUAACUGACAGCCCUGGACUCUUUUCUGCACAGGACACUUCACUAAAUCGGCUUCACAGAAAGGAGUCACUGCCUUCUAACGAAAGGGCAGUACAGACUUUGGCAGUUUCUCAGGAAUUGCUGCCAAUAAUGCUGCCAAUAAUGAUCUCCAUGGAUCUGACCCCCAUUCCAUCUCCCACUGCCUCUGAAGCUCCAGAUGUCACCAAAAGAAGGAGCUUUGAAGAAAGUGCUUGUACCCUCUUUUUACCCUCAGGCUCCCAGCCAACCUCUGAUAAACCCUCCCAGCGGCCAUCAGAGAGCACAAAUUGUAGCCCUACCCGGAAAAGGUCUUCAUCUGAGAGUACUUCUUCAACAGUAAACGGAGUUCCCUCUCGAAGUCCAAGAUUAGUUGCUUCUGGGGAUGACUCUGUGGAUAGUCUGCUGCAGCGGAUGGUACAAAAUGAGGACCAAGAGCCCAUGGAGAAAAGUAUUGAUGCUGUGAUUGCAACUGCCUCUGCACCACCUUCUUCCAGUCCAGGCCGUAGCCACAGCAAGGACCGAACCCUGGGAAAACCAGACAGCCUUUUAGUGCCUGCAGUCGCAAGUGACUCUUGCAAUAAUAGCAUCUCACUCCUAUCUGAAAAGUUGACAAGCAGCUGUUCCCCGCAUCAUAUCAAGAGAAGUGUAGUGGAAGCUAUGCAACGCCAAGCUCGGAAAAUGUGCAAUUACGACAAAAUCUUGGCCACAAAGAAAAACCUAGACCAUGUCAAUAAAAUCUUAAAAGCCAAAAAACUUCAAAGGCAGGCCAGGACAGGGAAUAACUUUGUGAAACGUAGGCCAGGUCGACCUCGGAAAUGUCCCCUUCAGGCUGUCGUAUCAAUGCAAGCAUUCCAGGCUGCUCAGUUUGUCAACCCAGAAUUGAACAGAGGCGAGGAAGGAGCAGCACUGCACCUCAGUCCUGACACAGUUACAGAUGUAAUUGAGGCUGUUGUUCAGAGUGUAAAUCUGAACCCAGAACAUAAAAAGGGGUUGAAGAGAAAAGGUUGGCUAUUGGAAGAACAGACCAGAAAAAAGCAGAAGCCAUUACCAGAGGAAGAAGAGCAAGAGAAUAAUAAAAGCUUUAAUGAAGCACCAGUUGAGAUUCCCAGUCCUUCUGAAACCCCAGCUAAACCUUCUGAACCUGAAAGUACCUUGCAGCCUGUGCUUUCUCUCAUCCCAAGGGAAAAGAAGCCCCCACGUCCCCCAAAGAAGAAGUAUCAGAAAGCAGGGCUGUAUUCUGACGUUUACAAAACUACAGACCCAAAGAGUCGAUUGAUCCAAUUAAAGAAAGAGAAGCUGGAGUAUACUCCAGGAGAGCAUGAAUAUGGAUUAUUUCCAGCGCCCAUUCAUGUUGGAAAGUAUCUAAGACAAAAGAGAAUUGACUUCCAGCUUCCUUAUGAUAUCCUUUGGCAGUGGAAACACAAUCAGCUAUACAAAAAGCCAGAUGUCCCACUAUAUAAGAAAAUUCGUUCAAAUGUUUACGUUGAUGUCAAACCCCUUUCUGGUUACGAAGCUACCACCUGUAACUGUAAGAAGCCAGAUGAUGACACCAGGAAGGGCUGUGUUGAUGACUGCCUCAAUAGAAUGAUCUUUGCUGAGUGUUCCCCCAACACUUGCCCAUGUGGCGAGCAAUGCUGUAACCAGAGGAUACAGAGGCAUGAAUGGGUGCAAUGUCUAGAACGAUUUCGAGCUGAGGAAAAAGGCUGGGGAAUCAGAACCAAAGAGCCCCUAAAAGCUGGGCAGUUCAUCAUUGAAUACCUAGGGGAAGUCGUCAGCGAACAGGAGUUCAGGAACAGGAUGAUUGAGCAGUAUCAUAAUCACAGUGACCACUACUGCCUGAACCUGGAUAGUGGGAUGGUGAUUGACAGUUACCGCAUGGGAAAUGAGGCCCGAUUCAUCAACCAUAGCUGUGACCCAAAUUGUGAAAUGCAGAAAUGGUCUGUUAAUGGAGUAUACCGGAUUGGACUCUAUGCUCUUAAAGACAUGCCAGCUGGGACUGAACUCACUUAUGAUUAUAACUUUCAUUCCUUCAAUGUGGAAAAACAGCAACUUUGUAAGUGUGGCUUUGAGAAAUGUCGAGGAAUCAUCGGAGGCAAGAGUCAGCGUGUGAAUGGACUCACCAGCAGCAAAAACAGCCAGCCCAUGGCCACACACAAAAAAUCUGGACGGUCAAAAGAGAAGAGAAAGUCUAAGCACAAGCUGAAGAAAAGGAGAGGCCAUCUCUCUGAGGAACCCAGUGAAAAUAUCAACACCCCAACUAGAUUGACCCCCCAAUUACAGAUGAAGCCAAUGUCCAAUCGUGAAAGGAACUUUGUGUUAAAGCAUCAUGUAUUCUUGGUCCGAAACUGGGAGAAGAUUCGUCAAAAACAGGAGGAAGUAAAGCACACCAGUGAUAAUAUUCACUCAGCAUCAUUAUAUACCCGUUGGAAUGGGAUCUGCCGAGAUGAUGGGAAUAUCAAGUCUGAUGUCUUCAUGACCCAGUUCUCUGCCCUGCAGACAGCUCGAUCUGUUCGAACAAGACGGUUGGCAGCUGCAGAGGAAAAUAUUGAAGUGGCUCGGGCAGCCCGCCUAGCCCAGAUCUUCAAAGAAAUUUGUGAUGGUAUCAUCUCUUAUAAAGAUUCUUCCCGGCAAGCACUGGCAGCUCCACUUUUGAACCUUCCCCCAAAGAAAAAGAAUGCUGAUUAUUAUGAGAAGAUCUCUGAUCCCCUAGAUCUUAUCACCAUAGAGAAGCAGAUCCUCACUGGUUACUAUAAGACAGUGGAAGCUUUUGAUGCUGACAUGCUCAAAGUCUUUCGGAAUGCUGAGAAGUACUAUGGGCGUAAAUCCCCAGUUGGGAGAGAUGUUUGCCGUCUACGAAAGGCCUAUUACAAUGCCCGGCAUGAGGCAUCAGCCCAGAUUGAUGAGAUUGUGGGAGAGACAGCAAGUGAGGCAGACAGCAGUGAGACCUCAGUCUCUGAAAAGGAGAAUGGGCAUGAGAAGGAUGACGAUGUUAUUCGCUGUAUCUGUGGCCUCUACAAGGAUGAAGGUCUCAUGAUCCAGUGUGACAAGUGCAUGGUAUGGCAGCACUGUGAUUGUAUGGGAGUGAACUCAGAUGUGGAGCACUACCUUUGUGAGCAGUGUGACCCAAGGCCUGUGGACAGGGAGGUUCCCAUGAUCCCUCGGCCCCACUAUGCCCAACCUGGCUGUGUCUACUUCAUCUGUUUGCUCCGAGAUGACUUGCUGCUUCGUCAGGGUGACUGUGUGUAUCUGAUGAGGGAUAGUCGGCGCACCCCUGAUGGCCACCCGGUCCGUCAGUCCUAUCGACUGUUAUCUCACAUUAACCGAGAUAAACUUGACAUCUUUCGCAUUGAGAAGCUUUGGAAGAAUGAAAAAGAGGAACGGUUUGCCUUUGGUCACCAUUAUUUCCGUCCCCACGAAACACACCACUCUCCAUCCCGUCGGUUCUAUCAUAAUGAACUAUUUCGGGUGCCACUCUAUGAGAUCAUUCCCUUGGAGGCUGUAGUGGGGACCUGCUGUGUGUUGGACCUUUAUACGUAUUGUAAAGGGAGACCCAAAGGAGUAAAGGAGCAAGAUGUGUACAUCUGUGAUUAUCGGCUUGACAAGUCAGCACACCUGUUUUACAAGAUCCACCGGAACCGCUAUCCUGUCUGCACCAAACCCUAUGCUUUUGAUCACUUCCCCAAGAAGCUCACUCCCAAAAAAGAUUUCUCGCCUCAUUACGUCCCAGACAACUACAAGAGGAAUGGAGGACGAUAUCCUUCUGGCAGAUCAUCCUGGAAGUCUGAGCGCUCAAAGCCACCCCUAAAAGACUUGGGCCAGGAGGAUGAUGCUCUACCCUUGAUUGAAGAGGUUCUGGCCAGUCAAGAGCAAGCAGCCAAUGAGAUAUCCAGCCUGGAGGAGCCAGAACGGGAAGGGGCCACUGCUAACGUCAGUGAGGGUGAAAAAAAAACAGAGGAAAGUAGUCAAGAACCCCAGUCAACCUGUACCCCUGAGGAACGACGGCAUAACCAACGGGAACGACUCAACCAGAUCUUGCUCAAUCUCCUUGAAAAAAUCCCUGGAAAAAAUGCCAUUGAUGUGACCUACUUGCUGGAGGAAGGAUCAGGCAGGAAACUGCGAAGGCGUACUUUGUUUAUCCCAGAAAACAGCUUUCGAAAGUGACCCUCAAAGAAUGAGAACCUCAAGCAUCUGGGAUCCAGUGGAGCUAAUCAGUCCUGCCUCCUGCUCUCUGGGUAUAGACAGGGGUGGGAAGGGUCCAUCUGGGCAAGGGGAAUGGGGCCAUGUUGUUGACAUUAGGUACUUAAUAAGCCUUGGAGCUAGUGGAGAGGGAGAGGAAAGGGUUCUGUCCAAGACAGUUCAGGUUAAUUAAUUUUCCUCUCCAUUGCUUCACCUUAAGGGUUAAUAACGUAGAGAGGAGGGAGGACCACAUUGAUGACCAGAACCUACUGGUACUUUAUAGCAUUUGCCCCACCCCACAGCUUAGGUUUUUCUGUCAUCCUCAGAUCCCACAGGCAUUGCGAAGAAGCUGCUUCCUAUACCCAGGUAUAACUCAAAAUCCAAAGGGAUAGGGCCAGGAUCCCUAUUCCUACCCCAUCUAUUCUCUGUUGGCUCCAAGAGCUACCCCAGAGACCUUAAACAGAAACAGUAGCUGAGGCUUCUUCCUAGAUACCUGACUAGGGAAGUUUGUCUCUCCUUUCUUGCCCAACCAGGUCAAAGUAAAAUGUGAGUUGACAGCUCAAAGCACUUGUAACUGCUGCCCCCUCCCUACCUCUACUCCCCAAAAUGGAAUCAUGGGAUAGGGAAGGCCCCCAUGGGGUCAGAAGGGCACGGUAGUUCUUGCAAUUAUUUUUGUUUUACCCUUCAUAACCUGUCAAACAUAUUUUUUUCUAAUGAGAAAGCCAGGCCCCCGCCAGCACACAUGCUGUUUUUAAUGGCUGUAGUUCUUGUGUGUCUGCUGUGCUGUGCAAAUGGAGAUUCAGUUCAAAAUAAAAUCAUUUAAAAACCUACAUAAAAAGAACUCUAAACCCACCCCUGCAACAAAAGUCACUACAUAAACUGUUCAGCAGUAUUCACCUAUCAGAGUAUUUGUUGUGAGUAUAGAUUAUCAAUUGAAAACACUACUCUUGUUUUCUUAAUUGUACAGUUUUCAAUGUCCCUUUCUUAAAGAGACAGUGUAUUUCUCUUCACCCCUAGCCCAUCUUCCCUCACCCUCCUGAAUGACAUCAGGAGGUAUAUCCAGGGUGUCUCCUUCCUUCCUACUCUCUUGACCAGAAGUUAACAGACUAUACUGUCUCUUUAAAAAUAAAAUUUAAAAAGCUUUGUUGUCUUUUCAGACAUACAUAUGCAUAUAUGUUUUAGAUGUUCUUAUAAGAGAAAAGAUGGUUUUUAAAUGUGCCAAGUUGUGUGUGUGUGUGUAUAUAUAUAUGUGUGUAUGUGUGUGUAUAUAUAUGUGUGUGUGUGUGUAUAUAUAUAUAUACACACACACACACACCUGCUGUGUGAUUGGUAAGCAAUACAAUAGUAAACAUGUCCCCAUUACUUUUUUCUAAUAUUGGACCAAUGCUGUCCUAAUUGUACAUUUCCUCUUAUGGUGACGAUGCUCUGACUCGUUUAGGUAGACACAUUGACCACCUUCCAUUCCAUUAAAUAUUUUUUCCUUUUUCCCCUUUCUGUGUCAUUCUUGAGGAAAAAACAAAAGAGAGAGGGGAUGCCAAUGAUCCCCUUGAGCAGAGAAAAAAGCAAAAUAAAUAUUUUAUUAAAGAAAAAAGAGAAUUAAGAAAAUAGUUUGGAGUAUUUUCUUACUGUAGAGAAGCACUGUACAUUACUAAGAGACCUGGGUAUAAGAUACUCACAUGUGGAGCUGGAAAAAUCGCAUGUCCAAGCCCGUUUGAGUGGUUUCUUUUGUUUUUCAUUGCAGGGAGUGGGUGGGAGGGAGGUGGGACUAGGGGCACUUUGGGGGUCUCCUUUUAGUCAAAAGCGAGAAAAUGACAAGAAAGAGAUUAAAAUUCAAUGUUUCCUUUAUAGUGUUAAACACUAAAAUUUUAAAAAAGAUGAAAAAGAAAAAAAAACUUUGUAAAAUGCGAGAACAGAAGCAAAAGACACUACGCUCUGUCAUUUUAUCUUUCUUUUGUUGAAAGACUAAAAAAAAACUGAAAUGUUUUUUAGACAAUCAAAUGUUAGGUAAGUGCAAAAACUUGUUUUUUCUUACUGGUGUAGAAAUUAAUGCCUUUUUUUAUUUUUCAGUUAUUUUAUAAUAACGAAAUAAAAAGAACCCCCCAGCUGCCAGGCGGGUUUUGGUGUUUGAAAUGCGGGGCAAAGCACUACAUCACUGCAAAUAGAUACAGAGUUAGUCUGCAUGUCUGUAGGCUGUGUGAUUGCGGAAAAUAUAAAUGCUGCUAAUAUAUUUCCUUUUUACAAAAGCAUAUCUAAAUAGAUGAUUGUUUUGAUGUUAAUCUUUGUAAAUUAUGUAUUACCAAUUUUAACAUUGGAUGUAAUUGCAUACAAAGCUUGCAUCUCAAUCCUUGAAAGUCUAGUAUUAAAUGGAAAAAACUUUUCCUAA